CGCGCAGGCGCAGACCAGCCGUACGCAAUCUACGUAACGGACGGCUGAAGCUACGUGAAGAGUAGGGGUUCGGGGACUGAGCUACCUGUUCUGGGCUUUUCAGUGACAUCGCAGCCCCGCAGACGUCUCUGCUCCCUGAAGACAGAUCAGACAAAGGCAGGCUGGGUGGAGGUGGUGGCCUCAGGAGGCCCGGGCCGGGUUGCAACCUCGGGUGCAGGUGCCAUGAAAGCCUUCUGUGCUGUCUGUGCUGUCCUUUUGGUGCUCGGGAGAGUCUCUGAAGCCAAGUUUGACGAUUUCGAGGAUGAAGAAGACAUGGUAGAAUACGAUGACAAUGACUUUGCUGAGUUUGAGGAUGUCAUGGAAGAUUCUGUCACGGAAUCGCCUCAGCGAGUGAUAACCACAGAGGAUGAUGAAGAUGAGACCACUGUGGAGUUAGAAGGACAGGAUGAAAACCAGGAAGGAGAUUUUGAAGAUGCAGACACGCAGGAUGGAGAUACUGAAAGUGAGCCGUAUGAUGAUGAGGAAUUUGAGGGUUAUGAAGACAAACCAGAUACCUCUUCUAGCAAAAGUAAAGAUCCAAUAACAAUUGUUGAUGUCCCUGCACACCUUCAGAACAGUUGGGAGAGUUAUUACCUAGAAAUUUUGAUGGUGACUGGGCUGCUGGCCUAUAUCAUGAACUACAUCAUUGGGAAGAGUAAGAACAGCCGGCUCGCUCAGGCCUGGUUUAACUCUCACAGAGAGCUUUUGGAGAGCAACUUUACCUUAGUGGGGGAUGAUGGAACUAACAAAGAAGCCACAAGCACAGGGAAGUUGAAUCAGGAGAAUGAGCACAUCUAUAACCUGUGGUGUUCUGGUCGGGUGUGCUGUGAGGGCAUGCUCAUCCAGCUGCGGUUCCUUAAGAGGCAAGACUUGCUUAAUGUCCUGGCCCGAAUGAUGAGGCCAGUGAGCGACCAAGUGCAAAUAAAAGUUACCAUGAAUGAUGAGGACAUGGACACGUAUGUGUUUGCUGUGGGCACUCGCAAAGCUUUGGUGCGGCUGCAGAAAGAGAUGCAGGACCUGAGUGAAUUUUGUAGUGAUAAACCUAAGUCUGGAGCGAAGUAUGGACUGCCAGACUCUUUGGCCAUUCUGUCAGAAAUGGGAGAGGUCACAGAGGGGAUGAUGGAUACAAAGAUGGUUCACUUUCUAACACACUAUGCUGACAAGAUUGAAUCUGUUCAUUUUUCAGACCAGUUCUCUGGUCCAAAGAUUAUGCAAGAGGAAGGUCAGCCUUUAAAGCUGCCCGACACUAAGAGGACACUACUGUUUACACUUAAUGUGCCUGGCUCAGGUAACACGUACCCAAAGGAUAUGGAGGCUCUGUUACCCCUGAUGAACAUGGUGAUUUAUUCUAUCGAUAAAGCCAAAAAGUUCCGACUCAACAGAGAAGGUAAGCAAAAAGCAGACAAGAACCGUGCUCGAGUGGAAGAGAACUUUUUGAAGCUAACACACGUGCAGAGACAGGAGGCUGCACAGUCUCGGCGUGAAGAGAAGAAAAGAGCCGAGAAGGAGCGCAUCAUGAACGAGGAGGACCCUGAGAAGCAGCGCCGGCUGGAGGAAGCUGCUCUGAGGAGAGAACAAAAGAAGUUGGAGAAGAAACAAAUGAAAAUGAAACAAAUCAAAGUGAAAGCCAUGUAACUUCGCCCUUCGCCCCAGAGGUCUGCGUCCACAGGAAACGGGAAAAGCACGAGUCCGUUUCUCCCUUCAAGUUCGAGUACUUCUGGUGACUGAGAAAUCCUUAUUUGAUCCUCUCCUCUUUUCUUGGAGUUCUGCAGAGGUUGUGGACACAUUGGAAGGGCUCUUUCAUUUAUCUCCUUCCAGAUGAUCAAAUUAUUUUGAUUAUUUUAUAAGAGGAAUGGUUAUAAAGUAUGUGUAGUUUUAAAAUAUUUUUAAAUUAUAACAUGAAUCAUCAGUGCUUUACUUUGGUGUUCGAAGAGCGAUCAUGCAAUUUCUAGAUAGGUUGUUGCUUUUUGUUUAAACUGCGAGAUUAGAAAACUAUGGAGACUGACUCUAAACCAAGAUUCCAAGAGUAACUAUUGGAAACUGCACAAUACACAUUGCUUGUUUUUUUUCUGUGUCCACAUUAAACUUGUGGGGGGAAAGAAUCUAGAACACUGUAUGUGAUGAUGAAUUUCAGAGACUUAGGACGUAGCCCAGUGAAUAUUUUGUAUGUGGGUGGUGCUGGUGACAGUAUUGUAGGAGGAGACCUAGGUGUUAGGGCACUGUAAGUUCAUGGAAGGUUCUAGAGGUAGGUCGUACAGGCGCAGUUUCUCCUUGAGUGCUGAAUUGGAAGUCAUUGUGUGUUUAUUUUUCCUGAGUAAAAAAUGCAUGACAACAUGAACUGCUUCACCUAGCUCCAGCAGCCGCGGGCAGAUCGCUGGUCUCUGUGAGGUCACAAUGGUUUUCUUGGUUGCUGCAGCCCCGAUGAGUGUUCUCGGGGAAGCUGUUCUCUGUCGUACGGACGAGUGCACUUUGGCCUCUCCGUCUGCUUUUCUCUUGUCCACAAGGCUGGUAUGUACUUUCUUGUAACAGAUAACCAUUGAUAUGCACAAGUAUGCUUUUCAAAAGCGAGCUUUCUUAGGUGAUUCCGAGUUUGGUCUGCCUCAUGAGGGGAGAGCCCUCUGCAUAAGCAUUUGGCUUGUUGAGAUCUCUGCAUUUUAUAAAUGCUUCCUACUGAGAAAGCAUUUUUAACUCACUGCUUGUACCAGGUAAUUUUUGUUUGGGAUGGGAAAGGGUUGUUAGGGUUUUUUUGCUGGGGGCGGCGGGCAG